CAUGACCUUCGCUCUCUUCGGACACAGCUUCAUUGCCCGGAUUUCAAACCAUCCCGUCCUGGAGAUGACGGAUUCAUCCGUGCAUUAUUUCGGGCUCAGUGGUGGAACAUCGAGACAAAUUCUACUCCAUAACACAACACAGAGAAUGAUUCAAACCAAACCCAGCAAAAUAUACGUUCAGAUCGGAGAAAAUGACAUCAGUUUCCAGAGUGACCCCUUUCAAAUCGUUAAAGAUAUCGCCCGCCUCGUGAAUACGUUCCGAGAUAUCCCCGACCUUGAACACGUGACCGUGGGACGACUAUUCAAGAGAUACCGACCCAGGGGGAUGUCUGUGGAGGGAUACGAAAUCCAACGGACAAUUAUCAACUUGUGCUUACAGAAAUACUUCCAGGAUGACGAACUCGUUGCGGUCCGGAGUUUGAAUGGACUCGAGGAAUGCGACAAGGAGGAGCUCUUUGACGGUGUUCAUUUACACAAGCGACUACACAAUCGCUACGCAGAAGAAAUAAAGAAGAUAUUGUUGGAGUGA